AGAUGGCGACGCGCGCAGAUUAGCUAAAACGCCCAACCCCGGUACAUUCAUGGUUUUAACAGAAUAGGCUAUAUGGGUAGCUGUAAUGUAAAAGUCGAAUUCAAUACACAUAAAAAGCGAUAUGAAAAAGUAAGGACUGAAAAUGUAGAAUCUGAUCUGGCUAUCAGUGGUCGAUGCGAGUAUUUUAGUUAGCUAGGCUAACCGUGCUCGUGCACAGGCGGGCUCACAGGGACGUUUGUGAAUAAACGGCUUUUAAGCAUGUGGAAUUUAUUUUAUUUAAAUGCCAUUGACCAUGGUAGUUCAUUACUACGAGGACUUUGUAGAAAACGUAUUAAGUUUGCGACGUGCUCUAACAUUAGUAAAUCUUUAGUUACCCGAACACGCUGCUCCUCAAAACCACCCUGGAGAGUCCUGUUCUUUGGCAGUGACGAUUUUGCAGUCGAAUCACUGAAACAGCUUUAUGCAUCUCGAGAAGACAGAGGUGAUGCAGUAGUGGAUUCGCUUGAGGUUGUCACAUUGUCCAGUAAUGUUCCUGUUCGAAAGUUUGCUGACCGGCACAAACUUCGAGCUCAUGACUGGCCAAAUGUGGACUUCAGUGGGUGCUUCGAUGUUGGUGUGGUGGUUUCAUUUGGCUGCCUGCUUCAAGAGAGCAUUAUCAACAAGUUUCCAUAUGGAAUCCUGAACGUACACCCUAGUCUUUUGCCGCGAUGGCGAGGUCCAGCACCUGUUUUUCACACAGUCCUGCAUGGUGACAAAAUCACUGGAGUCACCAUCAUGCAGAUUAGGCCCACGAGAUUCGAUGUAGGUCCGAUACUCUCUCGAGAGCUUUACCAGGUUCCUGAAAAGUGCACAGCUGAUCAACUGGGAGCUUAUUUGGCUGUUCUGGGAGCUGAGCUGCUAAUAGACACACUGAGAAAUCUACCAGAGAGAAUAGCAAAUCGAAAGGAGCAGGCCAAAGAAGGUGCAACAUUUGCUCCUAAAAUUAGCACUUCCAUGAGUUGGCUGGUUUGGGAAGAGCAGACUUGUGACCAGAUCAGCCAGCUGUUUCGAGCUAUAGGAUUUCGGAUUCCACUGAGAACCAUUUGGAUGGACAGGACAGUCAAACUUCAGGACUUUGUUGGUAAAUGCAAAAUGCCAUUCACAGAAAACUCAUAUGCUGUUGUCCCAGGGUCUAUCCAUUAUGAUAAAGAAUCAAACACAAUACUAGUCUGCUGCAAGGAUGGAUGGGUCGGAUUCAAAACCAUAACGUUAAAGAAACGAUUGUCAGCUGCUGAUUUCUUUAAUGGAUAUCUCCACCAGGAUCGCCAGAAAAAUUCAACCCAGAACAACUAUCGGUUUCAGAGCUACAGACCUCAUUUUGCCAAAGGACAGAAUGCUAAACUACUGUCAUUAAACAGCUGUGACUAAAGAUGAGAAAAUAUUUACUAUGCAAUGAUAUUUUCACAGUGCUUAAAUGUUUGUCUGUUUUAAGAUAGACAUAUUUGCUGCUUUAAUACUGUGCAACAUUGGCUCAAUGUAAACAGUCAUAUACAUAUCAGUGUGAUUAUUUUAUUGACAGAUUUCUUUUUAAUGUAAUGUGCCAUCAGUGAUUAUUGUAACAUCCUAA